AUGUUGCUUAAUAAAAUUUUAUUUAAAUAAAUAUUUAAACUCCCAAUUUCAAUUAAUAAAUUAUUAAUAAAUACUCGGAAACAAUUGCAACUUAAAAUAUCUGAAUUUUAUUUUAAAGCACUUUUAAGAUUGUUGCUCUCUAACGCUUAUGAUUUUAAUUUUGCAUGUGCCAUUUAAAUGGCAUAUUAUCCUGUUGAAAGAAUAAUAUUUUACUAAUAAAUUAUUAUUUGA